AAACAUAAUGACCACAUAAGUGGAAGUCCUUUCUGAUAAUCCUGAUACCUGAGAUGUAACUGGACUAAAGAGUGGAACAGGAAAAAUUUUAGUGCUAACCUCAAUUACAAUGGCUACUGAUUCAGGAGAGCCAGCUAGCACAGAAGAUUCUGAGAAACCUGAUGGAGUUUCAUUGGAAGACAGAGCUCCUCAGGUUGCAGCAACUUUGACAGUCGAAGCUAGACUAAAAGAAAAAAACAGUACUUUCUCUGCUACUGGGGAAACUACAGAAAGGAAGAGGUUCUUCCGAAAGAGUGUUGAGAUGAUGGAAGAUGAUAAAGUUGCUGAAUCUUCCUCCAAAGAUGAGAGAAUGAAGACUGCAACAAAUAUUCCAAGAGUAGAAAAGCUUCCUACAAAUGUGCUGGGAGGUGGACAAGAAGUUAAAUAUGAACAGUGUUCAAAGGCAACUUCAGAGUCCUCAAAAGAUUGUUUGAAGGAGAAAAAUGAAAAGGAAAUGGAAGAAGAAGCAGAAAUGAAGGCUGUAGCUACUUCUCCUAGUGGCAGGUUCCUGAAAUUUGACAUUGAGCUGGGAAGAGGAGCAUUUAAAACAGUAUAUAAAGGAUUGGACACUGAAACAUGGGUUGAGGUUGCUUGGUGUGAGCUGCAGGACCGGAAAUUAACCAAAGCUGAGCAGCAAAGGUUCAAGGAAGAAGCAGAGAUGUUAAAAGGUCUCCAACAUCCCAAUAUAGUUCGAUUUUAUGAUUCCUGGGAGUCUAUAUUAAAGGGAAAGAAAUGUAUUGUAUUGGUGACUGAACUUAUGACAUCAGGAACCUUAAAAACGUACUUAAAACGAUUUAAAGUCAUGAAACCAAAGGUCUUAAGGAGUUGGUGCAGGCAAAUUUUAAAGGGAUUGCAGUUCUUGCACACUAGGACUCCUCCCAUUAUUCACCGGGAUCUGAAGUGUGACAAUAUUUUCAUCACGGGACCCACUGGAUCUGUGAAGAUUGGUGAUCUAGGACUAGCCACCUUAAUGCGAACAUCAUUUGCUAAGAGUGUCAUUGGGACUCCUGAGUUUAUGGCCCCAGAAAUGUAUGAAGAGCACUACGAUGAAUCUGUAGAUGUCUAUGCUUUUGGAAUGUGUAUGCUGGAAAUGGCUACUUCUGAAUACCCUUAUUCUGAGUGCCAGAAUGCAGCUCAAAUAUACCGUAAAGUAACUAGCGGCAUAAAGCCAGCCAGUUUCAAUAAAGUCACUGAUCCUGAAGUGAAAGAAAUCAUUGAAGGGUGUAUUCGUCAAAACAAAUCAGAAAGGUUGUCUAUCAGGGACCUAUUAAACCACGCAUUUUUUGCUGAGGAUACAGGACUGAGGGUGGAGUUAGCAGAGGAAGAUGACUGCUCUAAUUCGUCCCUGGCUUUAAGACUCUGGGUUGAAGACCCUAAAAAAUUGAAAGGCAAACACAAAGACAAUGAAGCUAUUGAAUUCAGUUUCAAUUUAGAAACGGAUACAUCUGAGGAAGUAGCAUAUGAAAUGGUCAAGUCAGGAUUCUUCCAUGAAAGUGAUUCCAAAGCUGUUGCUAAGUCCAUUAGAGACCGGGUCACCCUGAUAAAGAAGACAAGGGAGAAGAAACCAGCUGGCUGUUUGGAAGAACGCAGGGAUUCCCAGUGCAAGUCUGUGGGGAAUGUACUCCCUCAGCACCAGAAUACAACUUUGUCCCAUGCUCCUGCUCAGCACACGGGGACUGAAUGUGAAGAAACUGAAGUUGAUCAGCAUGUUCGACAACAGUUUCUACAAAGAAAACCACAGCAGCACUGCUCCUCUGUUACAGGUGACAAUUUGUCUGAGGCAGGAGCUGGAUCUGCUAUACACUCAGAUACUUCAAGUCAUCCCAGUGUGGCCUAUUCCUCAGACCAGAAGAUGGGUUCUCAAGUGGUUUCCAACAUCCCACAGGCUGAAAUAAAUGUUCCAGGGAUGAUUUAUCCAUCCCAGCAGCGAGUAGGACAUUACCAGCAGAUUUCAGGGCUGCAACAGCAGCCAAAGCUGUCUCAGCCCCACAUUUUGCCUUUGGUUCAAGGUCAGUCCACUGUUUUGCCUGUACAUGUCCUUGGACCUCCAGUUGUCUCACAACCCCAGGUUUCCCCAUUAACUGUCCAGAUGGUCUCACAGGUAAAGCCUAUAUCCCAGGCAGUUGGAGUUGAACAACAAGCAACUCUUCUAAAACCAGAUUUAGUUAGAAGUCUGAAUCAAGAUGUGGCAGCUGUGAAGGAAAACAUCAAUACUCCUGAUAACCUAUAUGGAAAUGGCAAACAAGAUCGGAGCAAACAAAGAAGAGCUUCCUGUCCUCGACCAGAGAAGGGGACUAAAUUCCAACUUACUGUGCUUCAGGUGUCAACAUCUGGAGACAACAUGGUGGAGUGUCAGUUGGAGACACACAACAACAAGAUGGUCACCUUCAAGUUUGAUGCUGAUGGUGACGCACCAGAAGACAUUGUAGAUUAUAUGGUUGAAGAUAACUUUGUGCUGGAAAGCGAGAAAGAAAAAUUUGUAGAAGAAUUGAGGGCUAUUGUAGGUCAGGCCCAGGAGAUCCUUCAUGCCCACUCUGCUAUAGAUAGAGCCAUUGGAACUGACUCUAUAAUUGUGGAAUCCAACAGUAGCCAAACAGGAUCAUCUGAACAAGUACAGAUAAAUUCUGCAUCCACUCAGACCAGCAAUGAAUCUGCUCCUCAGUCAUCUCCAGUUGGUCGGUGGCGAUUCUGUAUCAAUCAAACAAUAAGAAACCGUGAGGCUCAGUCUCCUCCUCUUCAGCAGUCCAUGUCUACAGUUCCUGGGUUACCUCUACUUUCUGGUCCAAGAACCACAAGUAAUAAGGAAAUAUCACAGGAUACACUGCUCACUCUAGAAAAUAAUCCCUGCCAGCGUGUACUUUUUGCCUCCAAAUCAGAACUCAAGGAUGUAGUUGAUGGUAAGAUUUCUGAAUAUGCCAGUGUAGACACUAAGCAGCAAGCUGUAUUUUAUCAAGUGGAAGAUGACAGGCAGAUAAUGGCAUCAGUUGCUAGUAGUUCAACUCAUACUGCUACUUCAGUUCGUGCAGUUCCAGUUGAAUGUGAGGGACUCACCAACCAAGCAGGCAUAUUUCUACCUGCAUAUCCAUGUCACCAAGCUGCCAGUCAGGCUGAUGUACUUAUGGUCCCUCCUGGCGAGUCAACUCAGAUUGCUGGUAACUCUCUUACAACUCUGGCAUUUAUGUCUGAUCAAAAGCCUCAAUCCUUAGCAGUGCAGCAACCAACUAUGGAUGCAGAGUUGAUUUCCCAAGAAGGAGAAACCACAGUGAACACUGAAGCAAGUUCUCCUAAGAUGGUCAUUCCCACUCAGACCCCUGGCCUUGAACUGACUACCCUUCUACCCUCUACUGUCCUGGAAUCAGAUGGGGAAAGACCUCCAAAAAUGGAGUUUGCAGACAACCGAAUUAAAACUCUGGAUGAAAAAUUAAGAAACUUGCUCUAUCAGGAGCAUAGCAUAUCUAGCAUCUAUCCUGAGAGUCAGAAGGAUACCCAAAGCAUAGACUCUCCAUUUUCUUCCUCUGCUGAAGAUACGCUCUCAUGUCCAGUGCCAGAAGUCAUAGGCAUCAGUCACAGUGGAAUUCAAGAUAGUCCUGCACAGUCCCCUAAUUUUCAGCAGACAGGCUCUAGGAUUCUGUCCAAUGUGGCUGUGAGUCAGCCUGCUAACAUAUCAGUGUUCAAAAGGGACCUGAAUGUGAUAACUUCUAUACCCAGCGAAAUAUGUUUACAUGAGAUGUCUCCAGAUGCUUCACUUCCAGGGGAUCCAGAGACCUAUCCUGCUGCUGUGUCAAGUGGUGGAGCCAUUCAUCUGCAGACAGGAGUGGAAACAGAAGAUAUGAGAUCAGCAGUUGCUCCUGAUCCCAUUCCUCUGACAGGAGAGUCCACAGCUGAUACUAGGGCUUUGAGUAGAUGCAAAGUGAUGAGUGGAUCAUUUCAGCGGGGUCGGUUCCAGGUGAUUACAGUUCCUCAGCAGCAGUCAGUGAAAGUGACAUCUUUUGGAAUAGAACACAUACCAGCAUUCAAUAAAAUGACAACCCAUUCUAGUGAAGAAGUUCUAGCCUUUCCUGAAAUAGCCAAGUCUCAGUUAGUGAAAAUGGAAACUUCCAUGUGCAAUCCACAAACUUCACUUUCUUCUCAGAAGUUACGAGCUCAUCGUGAAACCUUUAAAGAAGAUAAAAGAAUUGCCAAACAAGGUGACAACUACUCAUCUUUCAACACAGCUUGUGAGACUGAUGUAUCUUUGAUGACCCCAGAAAAGGAACUGGAAGAAAACUCAGCCAUGGGAAGUAGUAUGCAUUCUGGACUUGAACUAUUGCUUAAAGAGAGAGAGACAUUUACUGCUGGGAAACAUCCUAGCUCUGAUAGUGAAUUUUCAGCCACUCUUGCUGGCAGAGGGAGGUCAGUGGCAAAGACUGCUCCAGUGAGUGAUCAGUGCUUACCACUCCGUGAAGAAAAAGCCUUUGCUCAAACACAGAGCUCACUCUUCUAUUCACCAUCUUCUCCAAUGAGCAGUGAUGAUGACUCAGAAAUAGAGGAUGAGGAUUUGAAGGUGGAGCUUCAAAGAUUACGAGAAAAACACAUUCAGGAGGUGGUAAAUCUUCAAACCCAGCAGAAUAAGGAGCUGCAAGAGCUCUAUGAACGCCUUCGGGCAAUUAAAGAUAGCAAAAUCCAAUCAUCAGAGGCUCCUCUGCCACCAUCAUCACCACGUAGACCAAGAUCUUUCAAAAGCAAACUUCGCAGCCGCCCCCAGUCCUGGACACAUGUGGACAAUGUCGCAGUUGCCACAGAUCCGCUCUGUGUGGAGAGUAAUGUAGCAUCAUGCCAGCAAUCUCCAGCUAGUAAAAAAGGCAUGUUCACAGAUGACUUACAUAAACUGGUGGAUGACUGGACAAAGGAAACAGUUGGAAAUUCUCUUAUUAAGCCAAGUUUAAACCAACUCAAACAGAGUCAACACAAACUAGAGACAGAAAACUGGAACAAAGUAUAUGAAAAUACUCCAUCUACUAUGGGCUACACAUCAACAUGGAUUUCUUCUCUGUCCCAAAUCCGUGGAGCUGUCCCAACCUCCUUGCCACAAGGACUCUCACUCCCUUCAUUUCCUGGGACAUUAUCAUCAUAUGGAAUGCCCCAUGUCUGUCAGUAUAAUGCUGUGGGGGGGCCAGGAUACCCAGUACAAUGGGUAGGAAUUUCAGGAACACCACAACAGUCUGUAGUAAUUCCGACUCAAUCUGGGGGACCAUUCCAGCCGGGAAUGAAUUUACAGGCAUUUCCAGCUUCAUCAGUGCAGAAUCCAUCUGCCAUCCCGCCUGGUCCCAAAUGAAUCAGAGUAGAUGAUGAAGAAAAGGGAGAAUUUUUUCAGAAUUAUUUUCAUGAUACCUAAGAUACUAAACAUUCUUCUUCUUGGGUUCUGCCAUAUUUUCCCUCGUUUGAGUUUACCUUCCACUGUAUUUUUUUGUUUCUUUCAUUGUGGUAUUUUAUAUAGCUCAUCAUUCUAUAGAACUGUGCAGUUUGUACAUAGAGCACUGCACACAGAAAUGUUUUUUCACUUCAAAUCCUAUCCUCUUUGAUACUUGAUUUUUUAAAAAUACCGUUCAGAAUGCUUUAAUAAGCUCAGCUUGAGCAUUAACAUUUCCAGGACACUUUCCAUGAAUUGCUGAGAAGCCCCCAUUUUUUACUGCU